AUGGCUAAAUUAUCUGUUCCAAUUUCCCCACCUAUGGAGUCAACGGGUGAUAGGUUGAUGACCUUGGAAACCCAUGAUGGAAUUGCCUUGCAAGGUUAUUCUUUUGGUGCUGAGGUCCCAGCUGCUGGUGAAGUGGUUUUCCAAACUGGUAUGGUUGGUUACCCAGAAUCCAUCACUGACCCUUCUUAUGAGGGACAAAUUUUGGUCAUCACUUACCCAUUGGUUGGUAAUUACGGUGUUCCGGAUAGAAAAUUGUUGGACGACGACUACACUCCAGCAUUGCCAAAGUACUUUGAGUCAAACAGAGUCCAUAUCGCUGGUUUGGUUGUUGCUCAUUACACUGAGGAGUUCUCUCAUUUUUUGGCUAAAUCGUCUUUGGGUCAAUGGUUGAAAGAGCAAAACAUUCCAGCCAUUUAUGGUGUUGAUACUAGAGCUUUAACCAAGAGAUUGAGAGAAAAGGGUUCAACUUUGGGUAGAUUGGCUUUACAAAAACCAAGUGUCAAAUCUGAAGAUGUCAUUGCUGACAAGUCAGGUAAAUGGCAACAAUAUUUUGAAAUUCCUGAAUUUGAUGAUCCAAAUGUGAAAAACUUGGUUGAUAAAGUGUCCAUCAAAGAGCCAGUUUUGUAUGCUCCUAAAGAAAACAUCAAGUUGGGUAAGAACGGGAAACCAAUCAGAAUUGUUGUCAUUGACGUUGGUAUGAAGUACAACCAAAUUAGAUGUUUUGUUAGAAGAGGAGUUGAAUUGUUGGUUGUUCCAUGGGACUACGACUUUACAAAGGAGGAAUACGACGGUUUGUUCAUCUCCAACGGUCCUGGUGAUCCAGCCGUCAUGGAUGAAACUGUAGCCAGGUUGCAAAAAGCCUUGAGAGAGGCAAAGACUCCUAUUUUUGGUAUCUGUCUUGGUCAUCAAUUAAUGGCAAGAGCUAGUGGUGCCUCGACUUUGAAGUUGAAGUUUGGUAAUCGUGGCCACAAUAUCCCAUGUACUUCAACCAUUUCAGGAAGAUGUUACAUCACUUCCCAAAAUCACGGUUAUGCAGUUGAUACCAACACAUUGACCGAUGGUUGGAAGGAAUUGUUUGUUAAUGCAAACGACGGUUCAAAUGAAGGUAUUUACCAUGAAACAAAACCAUUCUUUUCAGUACAGUUCCACCCAGAAUCAACCCCAGGUCCAAGAGAUACCGAGUUUUUGUUUGACGUGUUCAUCAAUGCCGUUGUUGACUACAACAAGACUGGAGUUUACAAGCAAGUUGAGUUUCCAGGUGGAAAAUUGGCAGAUAACUUGGCUGCUCAUCCAAAAGUCGAUGUUAAAAAGGUGUUGGUCUUGGGUUCAGGUGGUUUGUCAAUUGGACAAGCAGGUGAGUUCGAUUACUCAGGUUCUCAAGCUAUCAAAGCCUUGAAAGAAGAAGGUAUCUACACCAUUUUGAUCAACCCAAAUAUCGCCACUAUCCAAACCUCUAAAGGUUUAGCUGAUAAAGUCUACUUCCUUCCUGUCAAUCCUGAAUUUGUGAGAAAAGUUAUUGAACACGAACGUCCAGAUGGUAUUUACUGUACUUUUGGUGGUCAAACUGCAUUGAGUGUCGGUAUUGCGUUGAAGGAUGAGUUUGAAGGUUUGGGUGUCAAAGUCUUGGGUACGCCAAUCGACACUGUUAUCACCACAGAAGAUAGAGAAUUGUUUGCCAGUGCCAUGUCGGAGAUUGGUGAGAAAUGUGCUAGAUCGGAAGCUUGUAACAAUGUCCAGGAAGCGAUUGAUGCUGCCAAUGCUAUUGGCUACCCGUUGAUUGUAAGGGCUGCUUAUGCAUUGGGUGGUUUGGGAUCUGGUUUUGCUGAUAACGAACAAGAAUUGGUUGCCUUGUGUAACAAAGCUUUUGCUACUUCCCCACAAGUGUUGGUUGAAAGAUCGAUGAAGGGUUGGAAAGAAGUUGAAUAUGAAGUUGUUCGUGAUGCGUUCGACAACUGUAUCACAGUUUGUAAUAUGGAAAACUUUGAUCCUUUGGGUAUUCACACUGGUGAUUCCAUUGUUGUUGCACCAUCUCAAACUUUGUCUGAUGAAGAUUACAAUAUGUUGAGAACUACUGCCGUGAAUGUCAUUAGACAUUUGGGUGUUGUUGGUGAAUGUAACAUCCAAUACGCUUUGAAUCCAUUCUCAAAAGAAUACUGUAUCAUUGAAGUGAAUGCCAGAUUGUCUCGUUCAUCAGCUUUGGCCUCAAAAGCAACUGGGUAUCCAUUAGCAUAUACUGCUGCCAAGUUGGGUUUGAACAUCCCAUUGAAUGAAGUCAGAAACAACGUCACUAGAUCCACAUGUGCUUGUUUUGAACCUUCUUUGGAUUAUGUUGUUGUCAAGAUUCCCAGAUGGGACUUGAAGAAAUUUACUCGUGUUUCUUCUUUAUUGUCAUCGGCUAUGAAGUCCGUUGGUGAAGUCAUGUCCAUCGGUAGAACUUUCGAAGAAGCUAUUCAAAAAGCUAUCAGAUCCACAGACUAUCACAAUUUGGGUUUCAACAAGACCGCCGCAUUGAUGUCAAUUGAUAUCGAUCAAGAAUUGCAAACGCCUUCCGAUCAACGUUUGUUUGCUAUUGCUAAUGCUUUGUCAGAUGGCUACUCAGUUGACAAGGUUUGGAAGUUGACCAACAUUGACAAAUGGUUCUUGAACAAGUUGGAUGGAUUGAUCAAGUUUGGAAACAAGAUCGCUGGCUAUGGUAAAAAGGAAAACUUGCCAGUGUCAAUCAUUAGACAAGCUAAACAAUUGGGAUUUGAAGAUAGACAAAUUGCCAAGUUUGUUGAUAGUAACGAAGUUGCUAUUAGAAGAUUGAGAAAAGAUGCUGGUGUCGUUCCAUUCGUCAAACAAAUUGAUACAGUUGCCGCUGAAUUCCCGGCUUUCACAAACUAUUUGUAUGUCACUUACAAUGCUGAUUCUUCUGAUGUUACUUUCGACGACAAUGGUGUUAUUGUUUUGGGUUCAGGUGUCUACAGAAUUGGUUCCUCGGUUGAAUUUGAUUGGUGUGCUGUUAGAGCUAUUAGAACCUUGCGCGAAAACAAGGUCAAGACUGUUAUGAUCAACUACAAUCCUGAAACAGUGUCUACCGAUUACGACGAAGCAGACAGAUUGUACUUUGAGACCAUCAACUUGGAAAGAGUAUUGGAUAUUUACGAGUUGGAACAAUCCGCAGGUGUUAUUAUCUCCAUGGGUGGUCAAACUUCAAACAACAUUGCCUUGCCAUUGUAUAGACAAAAUGUCAAGAUCUUGGGUACCUCACCCGAAAUGAUUGACUCAGCCGAAAACAGAUACAAGUUUUCAAGAAUGUUGGACAAGAUUGGUGUUGAUCAACCAGCAUGGAAAGAAUUGACUUCGAUUGAAGAGGCUGAAGACUUUGCCAACAAGGUCGGAUACCCAGUCUUGGUUCGUCCAUCUUAUGUCUUGUCUGGUGCUGCUAUGAACACCGUUUAUUCCAAGGACGAUUUAGCUUCAUACUUGACCCAAGCAGUUGAUGUUUCUCCAGAUUACCCUGUCGUCAUCACCAAGUACAUUGAAAAUGCCAAAGAAAUUGAAAUGGAUGCUGUUGCCAAGGAUGGUCAAAUGAUUAUGCAUGUUGUUUCAGAACACGUUGAGAAUGCUGGUGUUCACUCUGGUGACGCUACUUUGAUUGUUCCACCUCAAGAUUUGGACCCAGAAACUGUUAGAAGAAUUGUUGAAGCAACCGCAAAGAUUGGUAAAGCUUUGGAUAUCACUGGACCGUACAAUAUUCAAUUCAUUGCCAAGGAUAACGACAUUAAGGUUAUUGAAUGUAAUGUUAGAGCUUCAAGAUCUUGUCCAUUUGUUUCCAAGGUUGUUGGAGUUGAUUUGGUAGAAAUGGCUACUAAAGCCAUCAUGGACUUGCCGGUUACUCCAUACCCAGGUGAGAGAUUGCCAGAUGAUUACUGUGCUGUUAAGGUUCCUCAAUUUUCAUUCUCAAGGUUGGCUGGUGCCGAUCCAGUUCUUGGUGUUGAAAUGGCUUCCACUGGUGAAGUUGCCACUUUUGGUAGAAACAAAUACGAGGCAUACUUGAAAUCUUUGUUGUCCACUGGUUUCAAACUACCAAAAAAGAAUAUCUUGUUCUCCAUUGGUUCAUAUAAGGAAAAGCAAGAGUUGUUGCCAAGUAUUGCCAAGUUGAGUGAAUUGGGAUACAAGAUCUUUGCCACUGCUGGUACUGCAGAUUUCAUCAAGGAGCAUGGCAUCAAGGUCCACUACUUGGAAGUUUUGAGCAAGGAAGAGGAUCAGAAAUCUGAAUACUCAUUGACUCAGCAUUUGGCCAACAACUUGAUUGAUUUGUAUGUUAAUUUGCCAUCAGCAAACAGAUUCCGUCGUCCUGCUUCUUACAUGUCCAAGGGUUACGAAUCUCGUCGUAUGGCUGUUGAUUUUGCCAUUCCUUUGGUUACCAAUGUCAAGAAUGCUAAAUUGUUGGUUGAGGCUAUUGCUAGGAACAUUUCUAUGGACGUUUCUAACAGAGAUGCUCAAACCUCACAUGGUACUGCCACUAUGCCCGGUCUCAUCAACAUUUCAUCAUUUGUCACCUCGUUCAAUGACUUUGAAAAGACCACCAAGAAAUCAUUGGCUGCUGGUUUUACAUUCAAUGCCUUUUUGCCUCAUACUCAAACUGGUGCUGCCGUCACGGAUUACAGAUCCUUGGUUGACGCUAUUGAUACGGCUGGAGCUGACGCUUAUACUGAUUUCUCAUUUGCAAUUGCUGCUUCUGAAACCAACUCGCAAAGUGUAGCAGAUGCUGCUGAUAAUGCAGGUUCUUUGUUUAUCCCAUUUAAUGACAUUGAUGGAUCUAAAGUUUCUGCAAUCAAUGCGCAGUUUACUGCAUGGCCACAGAGCAAAUCAAUUGUUACUGAUGCUAAAGCUACUGAUUUGGCAUCUGUUCUUUUGUUGGCAUCAUUGUACAACAGAUCAAUCCACAUUACUGGUGUUUCUUCCAAAGAAGACUUGGAUUUAAUCUUGAUGGCAAAGAACAAGGGACUCUCAGUCACUUGCGAUGUUGCAGUUUUCACCUUGUUCAUUUCAAGGGAUGAUUUGGAUUACCCAUUCUUACCAACAAAGAGCGAUCAAGAGUACUUGUGGAAGAACUUGAAAGAUGUUGACUGUUUCUCAACUGGAGUCUUGCCCUACUUGAUUGCUAAAGCAACCAAUCAAAAGAUUGUUCCUGGUUUGGGAAUCAGUGAAACAAUUCCAUUGUUAUUAUCUGCCGUAAACGAAGGUAAACUCACUAUUGGUGACAUUGUUGAGAAAUUCCACGACAAGCCAGCCAAAAUAUUCAACAUUCCAAAACAAGAUGCUCAAGUGAUUCUCGACUUGGAUAGGUACUACGAAGCUGAACCUGCAUACCCUGAAUUUGCCAAAUUGAAAUUGAGAGGUGCUAUCGAAAGGGUUUCAUUCCAUAACGAAACGGUUGUUCUCGAUGGUGGUGUCUUGGCUGAUGCAGCCUUGGGCAAGAAUGAAGUUGGAUCGAGAUCAAGAUUUAACUCAGUUACCUCUAUGCCACAAUCACCAGUAUUGGGCCAAAAGAGAGUUUCAUUCUCAGGUUUGCGUCGUCCAUCACUUGCUCCAAGCGCGCCAGAGCCUCAGCAAGCUGAAUUUGAAAAGUUGGGAUCAGAAUUGGUUUCACAACCUGUUGCUGGCUCAUUAGGCGAAAUUGCAGCUUUGAGCGAUUACAUCAGAAAGAACAAUACCUUUUUGAGAAACUCAAUCUUGUCGGUGAAGGAUAUCACCAGAUCUGAUUUGCAUUCGUUAUUUACUGUUGCUCAAGAAAUGAGAUUGGCUGUUGAAAGACAAGGCGUAUUGGAUAUUUUGAAAGGAAGAGUGUUGGCCACCAUGUUUUACGAACCUUCAACUAGAACAUCAGCCUCAUUCGAUGCAGCCAUGCAAAGAUUGGGUGGUAGAGUUGUUGCCAUCAACUCAGGUGCAUCUUCUGUCAAGAAAGGAGAAACUUUGCAAGACACCAUUAGAACUUUAUCUUGUUACUCAGAUGCAAUUGUUUUGAGACAUCCAAAGGAAGAAAGUGCCGACAUUGCCGCCAAGUACUCUCCAGUUCCAAUCAUCAAUGCAGGCAAUGGUACAAAAGAGCAUCCAACUCAAGCUUUGUUGGACUUGUUCACAAUCAGAGAAGAAUUGGGUACUGUCAAUGGUAUCACUGUUACCUUUAUGGGUGACUUGAAGUAUGGCAGACCAGUACAUUCAUUGGUACACUUGUUACGCCACUAUCAUGUUAGAGUUCAAUUGGUUGCACCAAAGGAAUUGCAAAUUCCAAAAGAAAUCAGAGACUUGUUGGUUGAAAACAAUAUGUUGGUUGCCGAAUCUGAAGUUUUGACCGAUGAUCUCAUUGCUAGAUCAGAUGUAUUGUACUGUACUAGAGUACAAGAGGAAAGAUUUGAAGACAAGCAACAAUAUGAGAAAUUGAAGGAUACUUAUAUCGUGGAUAACAAGAUUUUGAGUAAUGCCAAACAACACAUGUGUGUCAUGCACCCAUUACCAAGAACUAAUGAAAUUAGAGAAGAAGUUGAUUUCGAUCAAAGGGCUGCAUACUUUAGACAAAUGAGACAUGGUUUGUUUAUUAGAAUGGCAUUAUUGGCAAUGGUUAUUGGUGUUGAUUUUUAG